GGAUUUGUCCAAUCUUACACCUGCCUUAUUAGACAUUACUCAGAUGUUGUCUUUUUACACCACUAUGACAUUAUUCAGAAAACAUCAAGUGAAAUACAUGGUGCCAGUUCAUUCGGCACCUCCGAGACACCCAGGUUGCCAAAUGCUACCACUAUGGUCAAUUGCGCCUCUCACGGCUGCACUGGGCUGUCUGGUUGUUCCAACCACCAAGUGCAGAGAUGACCUGGUUCUAUGAGGUGCCAUACUGGUCUACGAAGACGUAUGUAAAACGAGUGACCGCCCCUCUGAUAUUUGGAGUUGGUGUGACAGCCUGGUCACAUUGGCUGGGUAUCACAUGAGGUGCAGUUGUUUGCUUUAUUGCUUUGUUGAUAAAUACAGUGUUACCUCCUCUCUUCCUUCCUCAUGUUGAUUAUUCUCGUCGAUAGCUACCUAGGUAGAAUCCAUGAGUUGGAUGUUCCAUUAUCCUAGUAGAGCGCCGUGACAGUUGGGGUACAUUACUUAUGCUAUCCUCCAUGCAAGCCAUUUUCUGCAUACCAGUCAAAGAAUUUGGAUCUGGGGCUAUGGGUGGCUAUGGUUACAGAGCCUUGAUCUGGGUCUUUUGGAGUUUUUCCUAUGGUUGUGUUGCUUUUAUCAGGUAUAGUCUUGAUUCUACUGCUUGUGAUUUCAAUUUUUGUGCUUUUUUUUCGGGUAACCUGAGGGCUCAAGAACAGUGGAAAGCGCUCCGAGAGUCUGAAUCUAGAGUAUGGCGAAAAUAAUUGCUGAAAUGGUGACUCG